GUUUUUUCUAUUGAUAAUCAUGGAAGCACCUCCACUUGAUAUUCUCGAGACCUCUAAAGAAAAGUUUGUCAAUCUUCUUUCUGGGCUUGACGAUACUCAGUUUCACUCUUUUGAAGAGUUUGUUCGAUCUGCCCUUCAGGAAUAUCAUGGUCAAAUCCACCAUCAUCAUGAUACAGCCGAAGAUAUGGAGACAGAAGAACAUGAUGGUAGUUUUCAACCUGUCAAUGACUUAAAGAUGAUGCGUCUCGGUAGAAUCAUCAAGGAUUUGCGUACUCGAGUUCCUAUGUCUGCUGAAGCACCUGGAGAAAAGACGACGAUUCCUGAUACACCUGAAUUUAAAGGAUACACGGAACAGAACACAGUCCAUGUCGAUGGAUUCUUGUUCUCUGAAGAAGAUGUGGAUGAUCUUGUAGAAGAAGGCAAAAUGUCUCGUAAUUAUUGUCUGGACUGUCAAUCAAGAAAUGUUGCUCCUUUGAAUUUUAUUUCACACUCUGCUUCUGUCUUGCAACUACAAUUCUUAUAUCAAGUGGCAUUAGCUGAUAAAGUCAAGGACAAGGUGAUUGUUGAUGUUGGAUCUAGACUAGGUGCUGUCUUGUAUGCUGGUCAUUUAUUCACGCGUGCUCGUAAAUUAAUUGGUGUAGAAAUCAAUGCAUGGUUUAGUCAAUUACAACAAGACAUGGUUAAGAAAUACAAGAUGGACGACCGAGUCCAAGUGAUGUGUAAAGACGUUCAGACUGUACCUGAAUUAUUAUCAAAAGAGGCUGACGUUGUAAUUAUGAACAACGUCUUUCAGUUCUUUAAUGAACUUCCUAUUCAGCAACAAAUCUGGAAGUUUAUUCGUGCUGAAACUAAGAAGAAGCCUGGAUUGUUACUUGUGACACUUCCUUCUCUUCAAGACCAAUUAAAAGAAGCUGGUCUUUCAGCCAACAAGUUAUUAAAGGGAUGGGUCAAAGAAGUCAAGCUUGAUUAUGAAGGAGGUUGGUUUCAAGAAAUCAAUGAAGACGAAUUAGAAGAAAUCAAGCAAGUUCACUUGUAUAAAGUAGUGUAAUAAAGAAAAUAAAAUGAUUGGCUUAAAGCAUUUUUAAAA